GGAGGAGGAGGAGGAGGAGGAGGUCCUGGCACUGGCAGCCAUCUUGGAUGUGCGGGCUGAUUGUUUAGUGAAAAGAAUCGGGAGUAAAGCACAUAAAGACCGAAAACAGCCGCAGCUACCGAAGGACCGACACCAGAAGACAAACACACGGACCCGGGCUGACCCAGUGAAGGCAUGAGGACAUCAGCCUAGUCAUCAGUCAUGGCCGAUAAACGAAAACUCCAAGGUGAAAUAGAUCGAUGUUUGAAAAAGGUAGCGGAGGGGGUGGAGCAGUUUGAAGACAUCUGGCUGAAGGUACGCGGAGGUCGCGUCGAGCUGCACAACGCCGCAAACGCCAACCAGAAGGAGAAAUAUGAAGCGGACCUCAAGAAGGAGAUCAAGAAACUACAGCGACUGCGGGACCAGAUCAAGACGUGGGUCGCAUCCAACGAGAUCAAAGACAAACGGCAGCUCGUCGAGAACCGCAAACUCAUAGAAACGCAAAUGGAGCGCUUCAAGGUGGUGGAGCGUGAGACCAAGACGAAGGCCUACUCCAAGGAAGGCCUGGGGCUCGCCCAGAAGGUGGACCCCGCCCAGAAGGAGAAGGAGGAGGUCGGCACCUGGCUGACGAACACCAUCGACACGCUGAACAUGCAGGUGGACCAGUACGAGAGCGAGGUGGAGUCGCUCUCCGUCCAGACACGCAAGAAGAAGGGCGAGAAGGAGCCGCAGCAGGAGCGCAUCGAGGAGCUGAAGCAGUUUGUGGAGAAGCACCGCUACCACAUCCGCAUGCUGGAAACCAUCCUGCGCAUGCUGGACAACCACUCCAUCCAGGUGGACUCCAUCCGGAAGAUCAAGGACGACGUGGAGUACUACCUGGACUCCUCCCAGGACCCGGACUUUGAGGAGAACGAGUUCCUGUACGACGACCUGGACCUGGACGAGAUCCCCACCGCCCUGCUGGCCACCUCCCCCCCCGGCACCACCCUGGAGGACGAGAUCCUGCAGCACUCGAGCAGCACGCCGACCUCCACCACCUCCUCCUCCCCCACGCCGCCCUCCCCGGCCACCUGCACCACGGAGAACUCUGAGGACGACAAGAAGAGAGGCCGCUCUACAGACAGCGAGGUCAGCCAGUCUCCUGUGAAGAACGGCAACCCGUCCUCCUCGUUCUCCUCGUCCUCCUCGUCCUCCUCGUCCUCGUCCUCCGCCUCGGGUCCCGCCUCCUCCUCGGGCCCCGCCUCCUCCUCGCUGGUCUCCCUGGCGGGGGCCGGGGGGGGCAACACCCUGCUGGGCAGCAUGGGCGGCCUUCUGUCCAGCAGCCUGGCCAGCAGCUACAGCAACGCCACGCAGCAGCCGCCCCACCCCUCCACGCAGCAGCACCACCUGCCCAAGAACCCCUCCUCCGCCUCCACCUCCUCCGGCCUCCACCACCCCGGCUCCUCCGCCGCCUCCGCCUCUCCCCCCAAUGCCAUCACCCAGCCCCAGGCCUCGCCGGCCUCCAUGCCCACCAACAGCCUGGGGCUCAGUUUGGGCAUGGGCCUGGGGAAGGGCUCCGGGCCGGGCCGCGGCGACGCCAGCAGCCCCGUGUCGUCGGGCGGCAUGGCGGGCCUCAUCUCGGGCUCCACGCCGGCGCCCUACGCCCAGGCCGCCGCCGCCUCGGGCCCGGUGGGCGGGGGCCUGCUGGGCGGGGUCUCCUCGGCCCCGGGGGCGGCGGGGGGCGGCUGCAGCAUCACGGUGGGGGGCCCCACCUCCACCACGGGGGGGCUGCUGGGGACCUCGCCGGGCGGGGGCGGCGGGCUGCUGGGCCUGGGGUCCGGCCCACUGGGGGGGCAGGGCGGCUCCUCCAUGGGGAGCCUGGCCCCCGGGGGCGGCGUGGGGGUCAUCGGCAGCGGAGGGGGCGGAGCUGUGGGCAGCGCAGUGGGCGGAGUCACAGGCAGCUCUCUGCUCUCCAAUCGACCGCCCAGCCGGCAGAAACAGAACGGAGGUUACAGUGCCGUGGUGUCAGACAGCACGCAGGACUCUGUCCUCACCAGUGCAAGCCAAUCACAGAGCAGCCAGCCUUCCUGUUUGACCUCCACAGCCAAUCAGCUUAAGGACAGCGGCCCCAGCCUCUUGGGGUCCCUCACCCUGGCCUCCUGCUCUGCGUCUCCUCUCUGCUACACGGAGGCGCACUCGUCUGGCAGCAGCCCCCUCCUCAACGGGCCCCUGUCCUACCCCCAGGCCUCUGACAUCAUCAAGCCCCAGGAGUCGAUGAGCAGUCUGAAGACCAUGGCCCAUCAGGCGGCCCUCAGCUCUGGGAUCGAGACGGACAUGUCCUCCCUCCACCUCAACACGGACGUGUUCCCCAGCACGACGGCCCCCUCAGGGCCCCCCUCCGGGCCCCAGACCUCCCUGUCGGAGGUGAGCAUCCCGCCCUCGCUGGGCGUGUGCCCCCUGGGGCCCGUGGCGCUGUCCAAGGAGCAGCUCUACCAGCAGGCCAUGGAGGAGGCCGCCUGGACGCACAUGCCCCACCCCUCCGACUCCGAGAGGAUCAGGCAGUACCUGAUGAGGAACCCGUGCCCCACGCUGCCCUUCCACCACCAGGUUCCGCCGCCGCACUCGGACUCGGUGGAGUUCUACCAGCGGCUCUCCACCGAGACGCUCUUCUUCAUCUUCUACUACCUGGAGGGAACGAAGGCUCAGUAUUUGGCAGCGAAGGCCUUGAAGAAGCAGUCGUGGAGGUUCCACACCAAGUACAUGAUGUGGUUCCAGCGCCACGAGGAACCAAAGACCAUCACGGACGAGUUUGAACAGGGGACCUACAUCUACUUCGACUACGAGAAGUGGGGCCAGCGGAAGAAGGAGGGCUUCACCUUCGAGUACCGCUACCUGGAGGACCGCGACCUCCAGUGAGACCUGGUCCCGGUCCCCUGGUCCCGGUCCCCUGGUCCCGGUCCUGGUCCUGGUCCCGGUCCCCUGGUCCCGGUCCCCUGGUCCUGAUUCCGGUCCCGGUCCUGAUCCCGGUCCUGGUCCUGGUCCUGGUCCCGGUCCCCUGGUCCCGGUCCCCUGGUCCUGAUUCCGGUCCUGGUCCUGGUCCGACUUACGCUGACAUUCCUGAUGGAGCCCCUCCCCCACGCAGGGCGGGUUCUGAGACGUGGAAGCCUCCCCCCCCCCCCCCCCCCCCUCCUGUUUAAUGAUGUUUUUUUACCCCCCGCCCUCUGGAAGAACUCUACCACACACCCUCCUCCUACUCCUCCUCCGUUGGACUUUGAUUUGCUAGUCUGGCUCCCCCCCCCCCCCCCCCCUUCUGAACCAAAGAUGAUUGGUCACCGCGCAAAGUACGCCCCGCCCCCUUCGCUUGACUGGCCGCAGGGUGGUCCAAUGGACAGUGCGUCCAUAGCUUUUCCUCCUCACCUUAACGCCAUGGGUCGCGGCUAGGCUCCUUCAGCCAGUCCCUGCCCCCUCUCAGGCCCCGCCCCCUCUCAGGCCCCGCCCCCUCACAGGCCCCGCCCUCCCCAGGUGCUCCCCUCCAAAGGAGUCAACCAGCCAAUAGGGCGGGGUCUCAUCGUCUGCACUGAACUGCUGUCCGUCAAAGGGCUCAGUGGGGGGGGUCCCAAGGCCUCCACCCCCGAGGCCCCCCCCCCCAUCCCGCCCUCAGUGAGCCGCUAACACACCUAGCCCCCAGGGCGGGGGUCGCUAACACACCUAGCCCCCAGGGCGGGGGCCGCUAACACACCUAGCCCCCAGGGCGGGGGCCGCUAACACACCUAGCCCCCAGGGCGGGGGCCGCUAACACACCUAGCCCCCAGGGCGUCUCCCCGUCGGUAGGAGGAACGAUGAAUCAUGAAUCCCCCCGGCAGAGCUCAGGUGACUCCAGGGCCAGUGAGAGCUCAGCUGACUCCAGGGCCAGUGAGAGCUCAGCUGACUCCAGGGCCAGUGAGAGCUCAGCUGACUCCAGGGCCAGUGAGAGCUCAGGUGACUCCAGGGCCAGUGAGAGCUCAGCUGACUCCAGGGCCAGUGAGAGCUCAGGUGACUCCAGGGCCAGUGAGAGCUCAGGUGACUCCAGGGCCAGUGAGAGCUCAGCUGACUCCAGGGCCAGAGAGAGCUCCAGGGCUUCCUGUAGGGGAAAGCAUCGCAAAUUGAAAGGGCCAAUCAUCCCGAAACCUUGUGUGACUGGACAGGAUCGAGACAAGCCCCCCCGUCCCCCGUCCCCGUCUCUACAGUUCCUUACCGACGUCACAACUGUCACAUCCAUUGCCAAGUCAACCUGUUGUAAAUUACUUAACACACCCUCACACACACACACACACAAACACACGCACGCGCGCGCGCGCACACACACACACGCACACACAAAGAUCACUGCCCAGUAAAAACACACAAAUUCCACUGCCCAGUGACUACAAUAGCGCAUCCAAAACUAAAACCACACUUCUGAAUCCACUCCCUUUGACUGCAUUAAUCAUUAUGGCGAACAGAAUCACAUUAAGGUUUGGCCAAGAUACCCUCUGCUCUGUAAGCUCCUCCCUUCCUGUCUCCCUUCUUAUCUCCCCCCUCUCCCCCUCUGUGUUACUCCAGGUCGAUGUUUCCUUCGUUCUCAGGAAGUGGUUAACAUAAUAAAUGAGGAAAUGUACCAGCAGCUGCUGUCACUACAGCACAGAACCACAGCCCCCCCCCCCUCCCCCAGCAUCACUUUCCCGCCUAAAGUAGCUUCUUUUUUUCCUAGCCCAGCUAGCUAAUGUUCCAACGGCCUUUUCAUUUCAUCUGUCUUUUGUAAAAUGAUUAUUAUCCUCCAUUGUUCGGAGCAAAACCUGUAAGAGAGACGUCUUCUACUUUGUACUCGUCGUACUGUUCGUAUAAUGAGACGUUUCUACGGGGUCGGAUUUUAGACACAAUGGUCCCGUGGGGUCUCUCUUCAGGUUUGUAAGCCGGUUGUUUUACGGAAAAAUAGAGCGAUUCACUCGACCAACGGUCCGGCUUUUAAUGUUUCAUUUAGCACAUUUUGGCGAGCAAAAUCAAAGAGGUCCAGACGGUUCGAGAGCCGCCAGAUGAACUCGGGCUAGGCCUCAGCAGACCGCAUAGAGACUCUAGUUUUUCAACCUCUCCUUUUUGUUUUUCUUUUUUUGUUUGUUGUCGUCAUGACAGCAUUGAAAAAAUGACACUUGUGAAGUGUCCGUGGAGGAAAAAACAAAGUAAAUAAUGACAUAAAAUGAAUAAAGGAUUGUAAAAUAUUAUUAAAAGAAUUACUUUUCAGAAGA